GUUAUUCCAAGAUGGCGGAGGCGGUGCUGGAGAACGACAUUGCUUGCCUUGAUCACUAUGAUUACUUUUUCCGUCCGAACAUUCUCCAAGGGAAGGUGGCGUUUAUCACGGGAGGUGGUUCUGGUAUUGGGUUUACUAUUACUGAAGUUCUGAUGAGACACAGCUGCUCUGCUGUAAUAGUGGGUCGGAAGUUUGACAGACUUAAAAAGGCAGCUAAGAAACUGGAAGAUGUGACAGGACAGAAAUGUCUCCCAGUAAAGGUUGAUGUGAGAAAGGUGAAUGAAGUUGAUGCUGCCGUAGACAUGGCACUGAAACAUUUCUCAAAAAUAGAUAUUUUAGUUAAUAGUGCAGCAGGAAAUUUUCUAUGCCCUGCAAGCCAGCUUUCAUACAAUGGAUUGAAAACAGUUUUUGACAUUGAUGCUUUUGGAACCUUCAAUGUGAGUAAAGCUGUGUAUAACAAAUGUUUUAAGAAUAAUGGCAGUGGUAACAUCAUCAACAUCACAGCCACACUUCAUCACAAUGGACACCCUCUGCAGUGUCAUGCUGGAGGUGCAAAAGCUGCAAUUGAGGGUAUGUCAAGACAUCUUGCUGUUGAAUGGGGCCCAGAUGGUGUGAGGGUAAACUGUGUUGCACCUGGUGCUGUGAAGGACACAGAGGGUUUCCGUAGACUAGGUGGCAAACAUCUCCCACCAAACUUCAUUGAGAAUGUACCUUUACAAAGACUGGUUUCUCGCCAAGAUGUGGCAGAUAGUGUACUCUUCCUGGCGAGUGGUGCUUCAGCUUUUAUCACAGCAAACACACUGGUGGUAGAUGGUGGUAGUUGGAUCACAAAUUCUGUUUCCAUGGCAACAAUGAACAAGGCAAUUAGCAAGCUGUGAUCCACGAGACUCAGUAG